AUGUUGUUGAUCUUUGCUCUCCUUGUAAUUGCGGGGUCCGUUCAUGCCUCCGUUAUCGACUGUGACCAAGUCCCACCUGCUUUCUGGUGUCUAAAUCAGACUCUGAUUGAAGAAUGUGGAUGGAAUGUUCCCUGCAGCAAAUAUUUGGCAAAAAGCAAAGGCCAGAAGAUUCCAGUCACUGUUAUGUACCUGACACAGUGCCCAGCUUGCCGAAGGUACAUUUCAGGCGAAUUACAGGAAGUUUAUUCGAAUCAUGGAGAUAAACUGGACAUUGAGCUGGCCCCUGUUGGCGGCGAUCAUAAGUACCCCGUAAGAGAUGACAUAUCUUGGCGGGAUAGAGACAAAAAAAAUAAAAUAUUUUCAGAAAGAAGUAAACGGAAGCAAGUACGACGCUUGUCUUAUAAAAUACGUCAAAGAACCAGUGCCUUUUAUUGGGUGUGUGGAGCAACGGAUUGACCAAGGACCUGAGGCAGCGGGGCAGGAAUGUUUCAAACAAUUCCAAACUGAUGCGGCCACGAUCGAUCAUGUAAAGUAAGGAACGAAGGACAAUACAAAUUGAUCGAAUUUUAGCCGAUGUUAUAAAGAGGCAGAAGGAGAGGAACUAGCUAAGGCGUAUGUUGCAAGAAUCUACAGUGCCCAUCCGACCAGACCCCAUGUUGUUCCAUGGUUUGUGAUCAGCAAUGUCAGCCUGAAGGCUAUUCAAGGCUAUAGAAAUGACCUAGGGUUUGCUGCAAAGCAUUUUUAUGUGCCAAACGACGUCUCCAAGAAAAUUUUCUUAACCGAAGACAAGCUGGUCAACAAUAAUAAUGUUUGUCAUCUUGAAUUAUAACUACAAGAUGCGAAACUACGGUUUUUGCUUCGGUAGAAAAAGAAUUUGCUUUAUUUUUUUAUUUCUGUAACUUCAAAUAAACAUUAGUCGAUGCUUCCAAAUCUUCAGACCUACAUCGGUAAAUAACAAAUAGUCAAAUCAUUCGCUACAGUAAAAUAACCAGGCUUUGAUAAAUAGAUACAAAUUAUUUCCUGAUAUUUCUGAGGCCUUGGUUAUAACUUCAAACUGCUCUAAAACGUGUUCAAGGAAAAGUUGACAAAACAGCGGCAGCGAGACUGAAUAACAUUUGAAACCAUUCAUCAGAUGUUGACUCAUAACACCAUUACAAAUAUCGUGUACUUUAGGCGAUAAUAUUGUUGCCUUUACACAUUUUAAAAGUUACGGGCAGACCUUUAAAGCAUUAAUGAAUAAAAGGACGAUUUAUAUUUAUUACUUUACGAUUAUUAUGCUCUAGCUGCCGACAGGGAAAUGUUGUUGUUCCUGAUUUUCCUGGGGUUGACUCCAUUAACCAAUUCCUUCAGUUUGGACUGCACCAAAAUUCCACCGGCUCUUUGGUGUCUAAACGAAACCUUGUCCAAGGAAUGUAAAUGGGACCAGCAAUGCAACGACUACCUGGCAAGCAGUAAAGGCCAGAAGAUCUUGUUGACUGUUCUUUACGAAACAUUAUGUCCUGAUUGUUCGUGGUUCAUCAAAGGCCCGUUAUAUAAGCUUUAUUCCGAGCACAGGGAUAAGGUCGACAUCGAGUUAGUUCCGUUUGGUAAAGCUAAGAUUGAUGAGGUAAGAGAGAGAGCAAUUUAAUUCAUAAAAUUAUGCAGCAAGGGCAUGUGACUUGUCAGCAUCUUGAGGCGGAAUGUAAUGGAAACAGAUACGAAGCUUGCUUGAUACAUUACUUGUCAGAUCCCUUUCCGUUUAUCAAAUGUGCGGAAGAGAAGCUAGAGCAGAAGGAGGAUAUUAACGAAGCUGCUGAAGCUUGUUACAAGGAAUUAGGGACGCCUUCUAGUGUUGUUGAUGAGGUUAAGUAAGCACUUAUUUAUAUCUUACAAUCCCUUUUAGCCAGUGCUAUAAUGGGGAAUUAGGGAAUGAAUUAAUCAAAAAGAACCAGGCAAGAACUUACGGACACGACCUUGUUGAGCUGACAUCGGUCCCUUGGAUUUUGAUUAACAACGUCAGCCUUGACGGGAUUCAGACUUUUCAGGAAGAUAUAAGUGCCGCAAUUAAUGGAUGGUAUGUGCCUGCAUAA